CGACGCUCAGGAACAGGUUUGACAUGUUUUUAUCACGCAAAUUGUGAUUGGCUCGUCUGCUGCGCUCCUCAUUGAUCGGCAGCGGCGACAAUAGUGAAAGCGAGCGAAGAUCAUUGCCCCGCACUCGUGUAGUACGAAAUGUACAUGGAUGUGUUGCGGAGCAUGGGUAUAUAUGUUGUGAGUAUAUGUUGUGAGCGUAUUUUCUUGAUUCAAUCGCUGUGACGCGAUUCCUUUCAUCAAGAUGGUGUCUUCUUGGUUUACGGUACUGUCUUUCGCCUCAGCAGCGACAGCAGCGUUUCACACGAACCUCAAUUACGCUUCGCCUUCUCGCCGUCACCUAGCCCUUGGAAUCGACCUUCCAAAGGUAGCAAAGCGCAGCUCUGCCUUGCCAGCUCGUUCGUGGGGCCCAGAAGCUCUGAAUUUCACGCAUGGAGUGGCCUCUGGCGACCCCCUGCCCAAUUCCGUCAUCCUUUGGACUCGUGUCUCACCAACAGUGAAGAACGAUGCGAGUAACGUGACAGUGGAGGGCAACGUGCCACUGUACAACCAUGAAACUGAGCCGUACAUCAAAGCGAGCAAAAAUCCGGUAUGCGUGGAGUACCAAGUUGGUGCCGAUAAGAACUUCACCUCUAUUAUUGAUAAAGGAACUGCGUAUACGACUUCGGACAUUGACUAUACCGUGAAAGUAGAAGCAACGAAUCUGGAACCAUUCACGCAGUACUACUAUCAGUUCAAUGUUUGUGGCUCGAGUAAAAAGAGCCCUCUUGGUCGCACAAAGUCGAGCCCGAGAGCUGACGACGAUGUGACAAAAGUUGGUCUUGCAGUAUACUCGUGUAGCAACUAUCCUAACGGGUAUUUCAACGCUUACGGAAAUGCCGCUCGUAAAGAUAACAUCGACUAUGUCAUACAUCUUGGAGACUACAUCUAUGAAACUGGAAAGGGUACGCUCGGCAAGGACCCGAGAGCUACGAAUCCUAGCGAUGAGAUCUUUACGCUCUACGAUUACCGCACACGAAUCGCGCAGUAUCGCACCGACCUGGACUUACUUCUCUCGCAUCAACAAUAUCCUUGGAUUCCAGUUUGGGACGACCAUGAGGUAUCCAACAAUGGGUACCGCGACGGUUCCAGUGGCCUGAAUAAUACCGAGGAGUCUUUCCGCAAGGAUGGCGGUGUGAGCGUUGAUCAGCGCAAGAUGAACGCCGUCCGAGCAUACUUUGAAUGGAUGCCCAUCCGCCAGGUCGACAUGGACGACAAUCUCCGUAUAUGGCGCACUUUCCAAAUCGGCAAGCUGUUUGACCUCAUCAUGCUCGACACUCGCAACUAUGACCGCUCUAUCACAACGCUGAACUGGAAUGACGACUACGUUGCAGAGCUUAUCGAUGAUGCCGGUCGUACGCUUAUGGGCAGUCACCAAGAGAACUGGUUCUACGGGCAACUCUCGAAGUCCGCAGAAAGAGGUGCUACGUGGAGAAUCAUCGGGAACCAGAUCGUCUUCUCUCGGCUUAACAACACGGCGAGGGACAACGACUGGCUGAACGCUGACCAGUGGGAUGGGUACACUGCCAAUCGCAACCGCACACUGCAUCAUCUCUACUCCAACGAGAUAUCAAACACCAUCUUCUUGUCAGGCGACUCGCAUGCAAAUUGGGUCUCGGAUCUUGUGUGGUUAGAUGAGAUGCCUUAUGACCAAGUCACUGGCGCCGGGUCCAUUGGCGUCGAGUUCGCUGGGACCGCCGUCUCAUCCUCAGGCUACGCUAAGAACAUCACCUACGGCAAUAUUGAAGCCGCUGGACUAAUCCGCGACAAUGCAGAGCUGCAGUGGACGGAGGGUUACUAUCGCGGUUACUAUGAACUUCAGAUCAGCCCUAGUGAGAUUACGGCGAACUACUUCGGCUGCCCCACUGUGGCUUUCCGGAACCCGCUGGAGAUCAGCCUGGCUAACUUCACAGUAUUGGCAGGUGCUAAUCGCUUGCAGCGCCGCGUGGCGAAUGGCACCGUGGAGAACGGUGCUCUGCAAAGGGGAAGUGUCAAGCAAACCAAUCUCACCUUGAAUACCGAGACUGGGGCGUGGAACGUAACGCAUUUUAACCAGAUGUUCAUCAAGUAUUGAGAGUAGCGGUGGGGGUGUAGAAAGGGAGCAGAAACUGAUUGAAAGCGAGAAAAAAGUAUAGGGAGAGCUCUACUAAGCCAAGAGGCUUUGCGAUAUGAGAAUACGCUGUUUCUCUUAGACGAAGCGCGCCAUAGACAGGGUCCAUAGAUGAG